AUGUCUGCCGCGGCCUCAUCAAGGCACCGGGCCCCCUCAAAGGGCUCGGGACGGUCGACCGCCAUGCGGCCUGCGCAACAACAGGAAUUCGCUGCCAUGCCACAUGAGAGAUAUUUCGAGCCUUGUGCAGCCACUGGAAACAUGUUUCUUUAUGCCCAGGGCGCGUCCGUCAUCUGCUGCCAGCAUGACACCCUGAGCAUAGAGAGAAUAUUCUCCAGCCACGCCGAGGAGAUCCAGCUCCUUGCAGUGGACAACCAUAGCGAUCUCGGCAGUGGUCGCUUUGUGGUCAGUUACGAUGCUGGCCAGACGGCAAUCGUCUGGGAUCUGGCGACGGGGGAUGAGGUCGCCCGAUUUGCAUCCUACGAACAUCUGACUGCUGCGGCAUGGAUGAAGAGCGGUAGUGUUGCCUUUGGCAAUAUGCAAGGAAGUAUCAUACUAUUUGAACCAACGACGUCGGAGCAUAUAUCAUCUAGAACCUUGGACCAAAUACCCGUCACAUCAUUAGCUCCUUCGUCAGAUUGCAGGACGUUUGCUAUUGGAUAUCAAAAUGGCACACUUCUCAUCGCCACCCUUCAGCCCCGCUUCACUAUACUUCACAAUCUCACAACAUCCAGAGCACCCUCACCCUUAGUAACUCUGUCUUGGCAUGCGUCCUCUUCUCGUCAAAAAUCUGACAUGCUUGCUACGCAAACCCUCAACGGAGACCUUCGGGUGUGGAGCAUCGCAAAGUCGCAUUCAGCCGAGGACGCAGCGAAAGUCGUGAGGAUCCUCAAGAGGUCCGAGAACUUUUCGGAAGGCCCUAACUGGAUGGGCUGGUCGAAGAACGGCCGUGUUAUCCAAUUCUCUGAUUCACAAACACUCUCAUGGGAUGUAAGGACCAAGCAUGUCACAUCGGAUAACAUCCCGACGCUGGAGCAUGUUAGAGGUCUUGCCUUAUGGGGACCAGGAGCCAUCCUAUUCACCUUGGGGAGAGGCGGCACGGUGCAGCAAUUUGAUCUAAAUACGCCAUCAAUCAUGGUGAGCAAUGUGCAACAUCCAGUGAACUCACUGCCUCCUUCGCCGCCGAAUUCCAUUGAGGAGCCUGAGGCCAAGUCGACACACUCAACCACAACCAUACACACCUCCGAGUCAGAGAACAGCUCCAUCCCACUCGAACUGGGUGUAUCUGAGAGUGACGAGGAUCACCUGUCGCCCUUUGAUCGAUUCGUCCGUAGGCCCGCACUUGACUCUGGCAGUGAGCUGCCGUAUGAGACGACGGGCAGUCCCGUUUCCAGCCGAAGCGAGGCAUCCGAAAUUUCGAGGUCCUCAGGGGGUUCGAAAACCCCCGGAAGACAUACCGGAUCACUUAGAUCUCGCGGAAACAAGACGGAAAAUACCUACAUCUCAGCUGGGUCAUCCUUGAAAUCCUCCACCAUUGGUAAUAGCGCAUAUGGUCGAAGGCAAGAGGUGGACAUGUACUCGAUGGGCUACUCCAUUGGGACCACAAGUGUUCCCUCUGUCCCUUCAACCCGCUCGAGGCAUCGGCCAUCGAGACUUCGCAACGAGGUGCCCCGAAGUCCUGAUGACAACAGGGUGCAUGAUCUAUUUAAAUACACGCGCACUCGUCUCACCGACCUGCCAUACAAGCAUCCCGCCAACGCAAACAAUUCACGAUUAACAAACGACGACCUACGUCGGCAAAUGCUCAGCACGAUAUUUGGAUGGCACAAGGAUGUCGAGGACCUAAUCGCUGAUGAAAUGAGUCGCCACCCAGCAGGGUCAGCCAACCGCAUUCUCCUCGCCAAAUGGUUGGGUGAGAUGGAGACGGACUUGAUGGCGGCGGGAACAGAAAACAUGACUUCCUCAGACUGGAUGUUGUUGGCCUUAAGCGGCAUUGGUGGCCAAGCUUCACAGCAAAAGGUCGGUCGCACGUAUGUGCAACGGUUGCUGGAGACGGGGGAUGUCCACGUUGCGGUGACCAUUAUGCUAGGAAUGGGGGAUCAUAACGAUGCCAUUGAAGUAUACGUUUCUCACAAGCGUUAUAUGGAGGCCUUGAUCCUCACUUGCCUGGUAUUUCCUAGUGUUUGGGAGCGUCAAGCCUCGAUUAUCCGCAAAUGGGGCAAGCAUGAGAUAAUGCGACGUAACGAGCAGCUCGCAAUCCGAUGCUUUGCCUGCACGGACUCCGAGCCAACUGAAGCGUGGACAUCUCCUUCCGCUACGCAGCUCAACUUUCAACAGCAGACGAUUACGCCCAGCAUACCCGAAAUGCUGAGCCCACCCCUCUCACCCCCUGGGGUUCAGCGUGGUCCUCAAAGAAGCAUCGCCAAGACUUCUGCCUUGAAAUUAAUCACCUCCUUCGGAGACACUGGAAAGAAGGCUAAAUUCUACUCUCAAGGGGAUGAUGGACAAACUCCCAUUGCGGCAGGGCCUACUCCCAUCGCCGAUUCUGCAAUCUCACCAGGCGGAGCUUAUGAUGCAGCCACUGCAUUUCUCCGCCCGUCAAGCAACAGCAGGUUCAAUACCCCGACCUCUGCCCGACCUAGAGGUCGACUACCUUCCAUCGGUGAGAAUACCAUGGAUGCUAACAAUCGGCUUGCGAUCGAUGCAGCAUUGGCAUCCUUCAAGAAAGAGAAACAAGAAGUUGGUGCUCAUGCUCGCAAGGCUUCUCUGGAACAAGAUAACCUUGUCAUCGGCAACACAUUGCACCGGGCAGCCACUGCAAGUCCCAUGAUGGUGCGUGACAGGCAGACUCAGACUCCUGUUGAACACCGAAACAACCAGCCAUCUCCGCCCUCGCCAAACAAGGACUUCAUGGCCAAGGUCCACGACAUUCGCGCCAACCACCGAAACGGAUCUCGGGAUAGAAUCCCCCACGGUCUUCAUCUGGAGCUCAAGGCUCUCGCGAACGAGGUAAAUGCCCUCUCUCCUGACCAGGCAAUGCCUUCUUCAUCCAAAUAUCAUUGGCCAACGCCAACCCGUCGUCGCGGUCCUGGAUCUGUGAGUUCCGUUACCUCUGCAUCCAGCGCCGGAAGGAGCCUGCGACAGGGCCAAAGGCACAAGGACGACUAUAUUCACAGUCUUGAUGCUGCGUCCCGAUACUCGAAGAAGGGCCGCAACCUCCACAGCAGCAAAGAGAGAACCCGAGACUCUUCGCGCGGAAGGAAUGCAAGCGCUGAGAGGAGAACGAGAUCCCGAGAACCUUCAGAGGAACGUGGCCGAGGCUCUUCCCGAGCUUGGCACAAGCCAAAGAGAUCACCAACCUCCCCAGUUCCGAUGUCUCCUGAAGACAUUGCUAUACUGAGCACCCCUCGAGCAGCUGAGGUUGGCGAGCCGGUGACUGUCCGCAAGACAAGUAGUACCUACAAGGUGUCAAAGCCCAAGAGCCGAAAUUCCAGCCGCGGCAGCCGGCGUCAAAGCCCUGAUGGUCGCGCAAGACUUACACCCUUGGACACCCGGGGCCGAAGUAAAGGAGUUGAUGAGGAGGGGUUACAGGCAACGUCGCCUGCGCCGCCUCUCUCUGCCACGAUCCUUCACUACGAGGGCUCUGAGGAUGAAGAAGAUUACAGAAGGGCCAUAGAGGCACAGGAAAUGUUCAGAGCAAAACAUAAUGGUAGUGCUUCACGGGGACCCAGCUCACCAGUCGCAACCAAGCGCGACCGCUCCGGCAGCCGCCGUCGAGAUGUUUCUGACUUUCGUGACAUUCCCCCUCCUCCUCCUAGUGUUCAUGGCCGAGCCGCCUCGACUGAGCAUGCUGGCGACUUGCGAUUGAUGAAGGAAGAGAGACAGCGAAAGAAGGAACAAGCUGCACGAGAACUUGAAGAACGCCGCAAGUCCCUUGCGCAGCGCGCACGAGCACCUUCAAUUCCAAACCCAGGCCAGAACUCGAUGGAUAUUAGACAUGUUAUAGUCGAAACUUCGAGCCCCGUGCCAUCGCCUGGUGAACAACCCCGUUGUGCCACAGCGCCAUUACCCAAGGGCGGGUUCAAUUCAGCCAGACAAACUCCGGUUAUUGGUCUCCCUGCAACACCCAAGGCUAUGAGGCUUGCAUAUGAUGCAGAGAGUGCUCAGGAAUUACCGAAGAUUCCUUCUAUUCCACCAUCAUUUGUUGCUGAGAAGAUAGAGGAGCCUUCGUAUGAACAGCGCCCGAGCACUUCGCAACCGCAGCAAGCGGAUCCAUUUACUCUGCUGCCUUCGACUGUGUAUCAACCGCCCACCCGACCUUUUAUUCCCAGAAGCAUGUCGGCGCCUAUACCGGAUGAUCCGACCCCAAGACGCAGGAAGGGCAGCUCAGCAGAGCUUCGCGGGAUUGAUGAGAUCGUCAAUGGCAAUCGUAGGCGGCGAUCACAAGAAGAGCCUCUCAUGCCACCACCGCCGCCACCACCCCCUGCGCCGCCUUUGCUCAGGGAGUUGCAGCACCUGGCGACACCACCACCUCCUCCUCCCGCGCCUCUCCCUAAUAUGCGGCGGCCCCAGGGAGGUGCCCUGGGCUCUGGAAUGAUCGAGAUAGUCAUGGAUGAUGAUGAUGAAGGGGAUGCACCAGUAGCAGCUCCCAACGACGGCAUGGUCCCGGUGAUCCCCCCUCCUGCUCCGCCAGCCUCGAAGAGCCAUAGCCGAGGUCGCAGCACAGGAGACACGAGCCUCUCUGGUCGUAUUUCCAAGGCAACUGAGCGCCUGCGAUCCGCGAGUCGCGGACCAAAGGAGGGCCGAGCUGUGCGAUCACCGCACGUCGAGGCACCAUACGAGAGCAUUCCGACUCAGCACCUCAAGUCCGGGAUGGGUGCCAAUCACAGUGUUCCCUUCCUUCCUUCUACCAUGUAUGAUCAAGACAUGGUUCGGUCACCUCACGGUGAGGCGCCUUACGAGAGCGUUCCAACUCAACAUCUCAAGACCGGAGUUGGCGCCAACCACAGUAUUUCCAUUCCCCCUCCCGUCAUGUAUGACCAAGACAUUGUUCGAUCGCCUGUAGAAGGCAGAGGCGCUUUCAUGUCAACUGGAAUGCAUAAGAGCGAGAUGAUUUAG